UCCUUCUCUCUCUCUCAACCAAAAUCCAAGCCGUGCCAUUUGGCUUUUCCACCAACUUCUCUAUAUAGCCACCUUCCACUACAGUAUCGAUCUGCUCAUUAUUCAUCUUCCAUGUCCAUUUUCUUCUGAAACUCUACUCUGCAUUUGAUCUAUCUCUGGUAUGGAAAAGCCAUGGCGGAGCGAAAGAAGUCAGCGGAGGAGGAAAACUCCGUCCUUUUCUUCCUCCCUCCUGGAAGCCAUUUACCAUUCCAUUGACGAGUCGGUAGAGGAGAAAGAAACGUCGUCGUUCGCGUACAGAAGGAACAACAAUGGCGGCGGCGUUGGCGUUGAAGUGGAAGAGGAAAUCACCAGUCUCCGACGAGCAAUCAUGUUGGAGAAAUGGAUGGAGAGCUACACGAGGCGGCAAUUCUUCAACUCCGACUCCACCUCGUCCACGGAUUCCAGCUUGUUUUCUUCGUCGGAGACGGAGUCGUCGUCGGCGGCGUCUAGGUCUACUAGUACUCCGAAAUCCUCGAUUUUCGCGGCGAAAUCGGCGAAUUUUGAUAGGGAAAAGACGGUUGCUGCCCCUGAGGGGAAUCAGAAACGUGAAGGGAGGUUCAUGAGGACGAAAUCUAGGGCGCUGAAGAUCUACGGAGAUCUGAAGAAGGUGAAACAGCCGAUUUCACCGGGCGGAAAAAUCGCUAACUUCCUUAAUUCAAUAUUCAACUCAUCGAGAAGCAAUAACCUGAAGAAACAUCCCGCAGAAGCCAUCGAAGAUUGGAGCUCAGUGAGGAAGUCAAGAUCAGUGAAGGACUCAACAAUGGCGUCUAGGUCUUGCCUCAACAAAACACCUUCCCGAGCCAAAUCCAAAAGGUCAGUAAGAUUCUGCCCCGUAAGCAUCAUCCUCGACGAAGAUUGCCAGCCGUGCGGCCACAAGAACACCUACGAACAAAACCAGAAGAAUCCAAUUCCAUAUAUCACUACUCAUUACAUUAACAACAGUUUCCGAGAUUCCAGAGAAAUUUACGACGAAAACAGCAACAGCAGCGACGAAGACGAAGACGUGAGGAGCUGCACUAGCUCAGAUCUGUUUGAACUGGAAAACGUCGGCUCUUUCAGCCGCGUUGUGGAUGCAACGGCGGCGAAUGAACUCCCUGUUUAUGGAACCACAAGCCUUAAACUCAAUCAAGCCAUUGCUAAUGGAUUACGUUCAUGAUGAUGUAACUUGAAUUGAUUAACAGUUCUUGGAUCAUUUAACUUGAGUGAUUAUAUUAUUAUCUACCUACGGGCUACCCUGUGUAUCAUAUUCAACUUUGUUAAUGAAAGCUUUGCAUUAUGCUUGCUAGUUGCUA